AUGUUCCGAAGGAGAGCUCCGGAGGUGGUACGCCGCUCCGUACUGGGGGCAAUCAAUAAGGUGGAGGAGGCAGACGAGACGCUGACGCAGAUCCUUCAGGCCUUUAGGGGAGCAGCGGAGCCGUUCUCGGACCUUGACGAGUCCUUAGAAUGCGGCAGCCCCGCCAAGCCCCAGGGUGUGCAGACGGCUCCCGUGUCGUCCCCCACCAUUCUUACCUUUAGGGGGUUCUCCGCCUCAUUAACAUGCCCCAAGAAAUUUUACUUGCUGCAAAACCGUCAAGACUUGAUUCCCCACGUAUCCAUCGGAGAAGCCGUGCGCCUUGAUGAUGGGGCGGCAUUCAACGAACUCGCGCGGAGGUGGGAUCGCCUUCAGUUCGGUAGUCGAGCCGUCGUUGUGCAUGAACGGAACUUUGAUCAGGCGGUGCAGCGGACAGAAGACACCCUUGUGAAGUACUUCCAGACCGUGCACGCACAGUUGGGCGAGCAGGCACCGUCCCUAACGAUUCACCGCCCCGCGUUUGCUGCACCGUUUGGUGGCAAUAUAAUAUCCCCAAAUGGUGCGGCGAGCCCUUUGAUGCUUCGGGCACGACCAGUUGUAUUGCGGUUUCGCCCAAAAGACAAUCAGUGGGUUAUUCUUGAGACGGCGGCAGUGAUUGACCCAUUCGGAAAUGCCACGCGUCUUGCGCAGUGUCUGCAGCGUCUGCACUUUACAACAAUUGCCUUUCGUUACUGGAUAACCCAGGCUCACAUCCCAAUCCAGAUACGCAAGCGUUUCCUAAACAUUGACCUCGACACCGUGACGGAGGAGAGUCUCAAGGGUCACCGGUUGGAAUCCACAGCUCAAGUGGCGGUGCCACUUGACUUAAAACGUAGUGGCCUCCUGCAUAUUCGACAAUUUUUCCCCGGACCCGUGACACUCAUGGAUUGCGAUCCGUCACGCCUUGUGAAGUACGUGCAGCGGCUGUCCUUGGAAGAUAUGCUGGAGGCGGACACAAAUUUUAAUCAUCGCGCUACUGGAGCCUUUGAUCUAGGCAGCAUCAAUCUGCGCGCGGAACCGCUUGUGGCGGAUCUACAUAAGGAAGCGGAAAUACUGCAGAAACGUGGUCUAGACCAUCGGCACCUAGGCAGUAGUACCUCUAGUCGAGUUGCAAAGAGGAAGGAAACGGAACUUCGGGAGCUCUUCGCGGCACAGCAAAGACUUUUAGAAGCUCUUAUUCGCACGCGUACAUUGCGGCUUAUCGAACAGAGUUAUGACGCAGCAAACGUGCAGAAGUGGACGACCUUUGCGCACCACAAUGGUGCAAUUGUGAAGGCCACUUUUGGUGAGGAAGAUCAGGUUUCGCUUGAAGGUAAAGGCGGCCGAAAGAAGAGCGCAGUUUCGUUGACAAGAAAGAAGAAGGAAGCGAGAGAUGCCGUGGACCACAACAAUGACAGUCACCUGCCCAGUGUGCCGGCGUACUCAGAGUUUAUAGGUGCCCACUGCCCCCGUGGCGAUGUGUGCCCUUUCUUUGCGGAGGGUUUGUGCCUGCCAAACAAAAUUGAAGACCCGUUGAAGCUGUCUGACAAUCACCUUUUUACCCUCCCCUCAACGUCUAUUUCACGCAAAGCGAUGUGGUGGACGCAGGGGCUUCGUACCGUACGCGAUGUGUUGUAUCAAUACAAGAAGGGGACCAUAAAACUAACUGCACCGCAACUGCGUCACGUGAAGGCCGUUGCUUCAGGUAUGCUGUGUCUGAACCCAAAGGAAAUUGAUGACUUCUUCUCCCGCAUUCGAUAUCCGGUGUUUUUUAUUGACUUUGAGGCGACGCAGUUCGCUUUGCCACCAUUUGAAAAAGUAGUGGCGUACCAACCCACCCCAUUUCAGUUUUCCAUUGAUGUGUUUCAGGUCGACAUUCUCAAUGAGAUACCCACCCACUACGACUACCUGCACUUCGGCAAGGGGUAUUCGCCCAACGUUGAUCCACGGCGUGGGUGCGUCAAGGAGUUGAUGCACAUUGUGCAUCUUGAACGUGAGAAGAAGCGGCAUGCAAUGGAGGCCUCGGGCGAACUUGCGCAAAUAAGGAAGCAAAAGCUGCUUCAAGAACAAGAGGAGAAGGAGAUGGCAAAACGGAUGAAACAGCGCGGGCGGGCGACGAUCACGCCCAAGCCUCUUCGCAUAACUAAACAAACCCCAUUGCUGGAGCCUGUUCAUCCAUAUGAUGGCUGCUUUAUUGCCCACUUUGCUAGUUUUGAAAAAUCGUGUUUGGAGAAGCUCGGUCAAUUGGUGGAUGAGCACAAGGAGGACAUCAAGCAGUUCUACUUUCUGGACACAUUGGAUUUGUUUAAGCGCGGCAUUGUUCACCCCAAUGCCCAGGGCUCAAAUUCGUUGAAGAAGGUUCUCCCUGCGCUCUGUCCGGACUUUCAGUACGGUAUCUUUGGUGAGGAGAUAAGCCGCGAUGACAGUGACGCGGCGGACACGGACGGGGGCAAUGGUGGCAGACAAGAUGAGCAGAAGGGCGAAAAUGCAAUGGGUGUGUAUCGCUUGUGGUAUCAUCAUGAGGGCGGGGGCUCGCUGAAGGAUCUUCGUCAGGUUUCCAUGAGAGACUCCCACCGUCAACAGGCGAGUGACACGCUUGAGCAGGAGCAGAAACGAGAGGUGUUGUUGCCACCAACUCGCAAAGAGUUGCGAGACAAGGCAUGGGCAUCGCUGCGGAUUCAGCUUCUAGAAUACUGCUCACUGGACACCAAGGCGCUCUAUGAAAUCAUGCGGCAGGUGUGGCGGGAGAAGGAAGCGGUGAAGGGGAUCAAGCCGGAUAAGGGUGGCUGGGUCAUGGCAACCCCACUUCCUCGAGAGCUUGACUUGUGA